AUGGAUGCCCCGGAAGAGGAUCUCGACGUCAAACUGCAAAAGAUCUCGGGCGAUCUCAUCGCCGAUUUUGACAAGUCGCUGCAUCCGUUUCUGAGGAAACAAGAUGUCGCGGGUGGCGCUGUGCGGUCACGGGUGCGGACCCGCGAAACGGAGCGGCUGAUCUCUUCUUUGCUGGGACCUUUUCAAGAACUCCCCCAGCUCCUCGACCCUCACCUGCCCAAAUGGCUUCCCGCGCUGGGAGACGCCUUUCUAGAGUACCAGCUCACACGCCGGCACGCCGCCGUGCGGUCCACCCGCUCCGAGCUGUUGAUGCCGCUGCCCCGGGCCAUCUGCAAGCUCGUUUACACCUUCUGCAAAAUCCGCGGCGAGAAGGUCAUCGUGCGCUUCCUCAGCAACGAGGCCAAGUACCUCGAGCUGCUCCUGUCGGCCCUGGAGGAAUCCGAGAGAGCCGCCCAGCCAUCCGCGCAGUGGACGUGGGAGGAGCGCUAUGUCGUGCUGUUGUGGCUGUCGCAUCUCAUGCUGGCGCCGUUCGACCUGUCGACCAUCUCCUGGCAGGAGGUCGAGGACGACGAGCUGGUCCGCAUCCCCGGGCUCGCGUGGCCGGCUGGGCUACCGAGCAUCACGACAAGGAUCUUGCCGCUGGCUAUCAAGUACCUGUCGGUGCCCGGGAAGGAGCGUGACGCGUCGAAGGCUUUGUUGGUGAGGAUCUCGAUGCGCCGGGACAUGCAGCAGCUUGGCGUACUUGAUGCGCUAGUCUACUGGGCUCUCGCUGCACUUCGUCCGAGCGCGGAGGAGGCAACAGAGAGGACGCCGUAUCAUUACAUUGGCGUGCUAUCGUUCCUCGCCGGCAUCUUGGCGUCGUCGUCAGAGACCUCUGACAUGGAUCAGUUCCUGGCGACCAUCUUCCAAGCUGUGCACGGCAUCGCAUCCGAAGACACCAAGGCGGGGAUCGUGAUGUCGUCGGCUCUGGCCCGCAAGGCGAUAAUCAAAGUCAUACGGGCUAUCGCCGUGAUGUCCUUGAGGAACGCGCAGGGCGUGGCCGGGAUUGAGAUCGUGGAGACGACCAUUGGCUUCUUGCUGGAGUGCCUCGCAGACAACGACACGCCCGUCCGAUUUGCGGCCAGCAAAGCCCUCAGCAUCAUCACGCUCAAGCUGGACCCUGUCAUGGCGACGGAGGUGGUCGAGGCCGUCCUCGAGUCUUUGAACCGCAACGUGUUGCGCGUGAACGAUGGCCAAGUCUCUACGCUGGCACCCAAGAAGGACUUGAGCAUGGUCGAUCCGCUGGAAUGGCACGGUUUGAUGCUUACACUUUCCCACUUGCUGUACCGUCGAUCCCCUCCGGCUGAUAACUUGGCGAGCAUUGUUCAGGCGCUGCUCAUGGGCCUAUCCUUUGAGAGACGGAGUACUUCCGGCAGCUCCACCGGGGCAAAUGUCCGCGACGCGGCCUGCUUUGGCAUCUGGGCGCUGGCACGCCGGUAUACCACGGCCGAGCUGUUGGCAGUACCGACUGCCUCUUGGGCCACCGGACCCUGUUCAGGAUCAUCGAUCUUACAAAUCAUCGCCAUUGAGCUCGUCGCCGCUGCCUGUCUGGACCCAUCGGGUAAUAUCAGAAGGGGCUCCUCGGCCGCGCUUCAAGAGUUGAUCGGGCGCCACCCCGACACCGUCGAAAAGGGCAUUUGGCUUGUUCAAACCGUCGACUACCAUGCUGUAGCGCUGAGGUCACGAGCGCUGCAGGACGUCGCCCUGGGUGCGACAAAGCUCUCUGGCCAGUACGGAGAGGCCAUCUUGGAUGCCUUGCUGGGCUGGAGAGGUGUUGGGGACGUGGACGCAAGUGCAAGACGGGCUGCGGGUGCCUCGUUUGGCACCAUUGCUGUGCAGCUGGCCUCGACGGAUCCCAACCCCGUUCAGCGCCUGGCGCGAUCUUUAACCCUGGUCCUGAAUCGCAUCAAGUCGCUGGAGGCCCGGCAGGUUGAAGAGCGACACGGCCUUUUUUUCACUUUCGCGGCUGUCCUCGAUGCUCUUCCGGCAGCUGCCGGCACACGGAAGGAUGUUGUGCUGAAUGAGUUUGUUGAUCUUUCGAUAGAUGCCCUGCUGGGCAUACUGGGAGAUUGCCACACCAAGACUUACCGCCGGCCAGAGCUUGUUGCCGAAGCCGCGAGCCGGUUGAUUAUCUCGUCAUUCCCCGUGCUACAGGCUGCGACAUCGGUCGCCGGCAUCCUGCUGCCUGGGCACUCUCUUACGACCAAGAGUGGCGUUGAGUUAGCUGAGCUGGCGAAAUGCGCGUCCAUGAGAACGGUGAAGGUGGACUCUUUGAUCCGUGUUGUCGGAUAUAAUCUUCAAAAAUGGCUCGUCUGGCCAGACCUCGAUAUCAUCGCCGCCGCUUCCGAGGCGGCCGUUGUUUUUGUGAUAUUUUGCAGCGACACACAGCGCGACGAGGCUAUCCGGGGGUGGGCCGAUGCCGCCCGGGCGCGCCAGUCAUCCAAAACUCGCACGACGAGCGGCCACUUCUCCGCACUUGCCUCCGUCUAUCCGCUGGCGUCGACGCUAGCGUUAGAGGAGGACAAAACAUUGAUUUGCGAUGCCAUCACGGAGCGUUGGAAGAACGAUGUCGAGACAGACACACGCGCGUGCAUUCUCCAGAGCCUGACAGGGAGCGACCUGCUGAAGCAGAACACCGACGUGUUACUCGAACUCGUGGCCGAAGGCCUGGAUGACUACCACACCAACGCUCGUGGCGACGUGGGAUCUCAGGUGCGGUUCCAAGCGAUUCGGGCAACAAGAUCAUUGUGGGAGGGGCUGGGAGAAGGAGAAGAGCAUUGGGCAAAGAAACAGCACCUCGUAUCCGAACUAUUCUUGCGUAUUCUGCGACUGGCGGCCGAGAAGCUCGACCGAGUCAGGGCUGAGGCGCAAACAGCCCUCGCCGUUGUCUUGCAGCCAAGCCAAGCCGCGGCGCUGCGCCGAUCUACGUUCUCGUCCAAGUCAUACUUCCUCUUCUUGCUUGACCUGCUCCGUCAGGACUGGCUGCACCCUGCCGUGUCCCUCGUAAAAGCUGACCCGGACCGCUGGAUGGAUGCUUUGUUAUCCGGGUUCGUGUCGUCCGCGGACACGGGCAACGAGGAGCUGGUCAUUGCAGCCCGAGCGGCACUGUGCGAGUUCUGCGAGCGGUCGGCUGCCGACACGGAUGCCGUAUGCGCCGCGCUCGCCCGGAACCUGAAGAGCUGGCAAGGGACAGACCGGGUACUGGUCCCGACCCUCGAGGUGGUGGCCUUCCUGUUCCACGUUGGCAUUUUCGCACGGAACAGCAGCGUCAAUUACAGCAACCUGUGUCUGCAGGUCCAAAAGGCAUGCUACAAGACCGGCAACGUUCGCAAGAUCGAGGCUUGCAUCAAGGUGUACGGUGCAAUCGCGGAACUCCGCCGCGACGCGCUCCCUGCCGCGGACAGCAGUGAUUCCCAGCGGAAGGAGGAGGGUAUUCGCCAGGCACGAACCCGACUGAGCGCUCUCAUGUUCCACCCCUGGCCGCGGGUCAAGAGCAUGGUCGUCGACGAGCUCUGGGGAGUUUAUUCUGAAGAGCCCGCCACGCAGGCGCUCAAGGGCGUUGACUGGGGAAGGGCAGAGAAAGAGAAGAUCAAGAGCGUGGUGGGCACUCUUGGGGCUGGCUCUGGUUGGCUAGCCUGA